GUAAGAUGUGACCCAAUCCUACAGUCCGGUACGCGACUUGCAGCUGCAUGCCAAGUCACCCGCCACUGUGUUCAAGGCGUCGUCACAUUCCGGAGAAAUGGUCGCUGGCCCCUCCAGUUCAAGUUUCUUUCGGGUAAAUCUGGCUAAAUACCAUCCUGCGCUAGUCGACUUUCUGCAGAAUACAGGCAAUGGUCCGCAUUUAAAAGAGCAGCACCCAGUUCCUUGACGAACUCAGUCUUUAUAAUUCUUGGACUUGGACUCAUAUAUCUAGUCGCCGACGUCACUGAAGAGACACGUAUCGACCCAUCAAAUCUCAUACGGUCCUACAAACAGCCUCCAGCAGCCAUGGCAUCGGCGCCGUUAGUAACCCAUAUCUACACAGCAGACCCGUCGGCGCACGUCUUCGAGGGCAAGAUCUACGUAUACCCAUCUCAUGACCGCGAGACCGACAUCCAAUUCAACGACAAUGGCGACCAAUACGACAUGGCAGACUACCACGUCCUGUCGCUCGACGAGUUCGGCGGCCCCGUGACCGACCACGGCGUAGCCCUCCGAGCGGAAGACGUCCCCUGGGUCUCGAAACAGCUCUGGGCUCCCGACGCCGCGACCAAGAACGGGCAAUACUACCUCUACUUCCCUGCGCGUGACAAGCAAGGCAUUUUCCGCAUCGGCGUCGCGGUCAGCGACAAGCCCGGCGGGCCAUUCACUCCCGACCCGGAACCAAUCCCGGGCAGCUACAGCAUCGAUCCCGCGUGUUUUGUCGACGACGACGGCCAGGCGUACCUGUACUUCGGCGGCAUCUGGGGCGGACAACUGCAGUGCUGGAGUGGGAGUGGCGACAACGGCAAGUUCAAGUUCGACGCGUCCAAGUCCGGACCGCAGGAGCCCAAGGGCAGCGACGUGCCUGCUUUACUGUGCCGCGUGGCCAAAUUGUCCGAGGACAUGCACACUUUCGCCGAGGAGGUCCGGCAGAUUCAGAUUCUGGACGACAAGACGGGCAAGCUGCUGGUCGCGGAUGACCAUGACCGGCGCUUCUUCGAGGCUCCCUGGAUGCACAAGUACAACGGCAAGUACUAUUUCAGCUAUUCGACAGGGGACACGCAUUACCUUGCGUACGCGGUGGGAGAUAAUCCGUACGGACCGUUCACGUACGCGGGACGCAUCCUCGAGCCGGUGGUCGGGUGGACGACGCAUCAUAGCAUCGUCGAGUUCAAGGGGAAGUGGUACCUGUUCUAUCACGAUUGUGAGUUGAGCAAGGGUGUGGACCACUUGCGGUCCGUGAGGAUGAGGGAGAUUGUAUACGAUGAGCAGGGCAACAUUUUGUUGGCGCAGAAGCAGUAAAAAGCCUCCCAGAGGGACCAGAGGGAGUCGGGAAAAUAUUUGGAUGGACGGUCAAUGACCAAGCACACACAAGUAUGAGAAUGCGCGAAUGUCUUGUUGUGGUGGUCUCCUUGUCCUGCCGGGCAAAAGUCCAUACACUGUUUUCUCCUAGGGCAGCUUGUGGAGCACAAACAGAUUCUACAUUGCGGC